ACGAUCCCAUCUACAAAAUGCUCAAAAAUGUCUUUUUGAGUGAUUUUGAACGUUAAAGGAAUUGAAAAUACCAUUCUAAUGAAAAUAUUAAAUGAAAUAAGCAAAACUAUGCAGCAUAUUAUGACCAACAUUCAACUAAAGCCGAUCUCAGUGUGUGAUUCUUGCCAUAGAAAAUCUCUGUCUCUCGCUCUUUUGCAUAGCACUUCUCUUUCCCCCUCGAAGUCAUGCUAUGAAAUAUUUCACUCCAAGCGGCCAUCAUGCAUACACUGUCUCUGCUUAACUACUGCCAUCUCGUUCUCACUUGUGAAAGUUUUCAUCGGCGCCAAAAUAACGUAAACACCGGAGUUGACAAACGUCAACGAUGCGAUUCAAGUGCGCUCUUUCGUCGAUCUUUGGAGCUUAGAAUUUUGGUAAAAAUCCAAGUAAAAAUGGCCACCAAUCGGGAGAAGGAAACAGGUUCGUUGCAGAACGCCCGUAGGCGCUUGAUAAAGCGGCGUAUGGUAGAAUGGCAAUGUGAAUUUGCAAACCAAAGACAACUUCCGGCCGUGGGCGAACCGCAAAGGAAUGGAGUAACAUUGGCUGCUCAACGGGACAAGAUGUUGUCUGACCUCAUUGGCCGACGCAUAUUUAGGCGUCGUUUGGAGGGAGUCGAAUUGGAGCCUUCGGCCACAGCUGAACGAGCUCUACCUCAAAGGAAUGAUGCCGUAUUGGAUCCAAUGAAUGUGACCGACACACUUCCACCCCGUAGCACUGGCGAGGAGGAUCCGCCGGUAAUAUCUAUAAUAUCCCGGGGUCCACUCCAGCGUCUGGCGCUGCGGCGAGCUCCCUCCGGUGUCGGAGAUACAAAACCAAUGACGCUGGAAUCUGUCGCCAAGGUCCAGGUCGUGGAGCAAAACAGGGUGUCAAUGGUUAGGUCGCCCUCCAUCUCAGCUGCCAAAGCUAUCCGUAAGGUAGCGGUAGUCGCUCCUAUGGGUGUGUGUGAGGGAGUGCGGAAGAAUCCUAACUGUUUGAAUCUGACUAAUAAGAUUGCAAACCAGAACAUAAAUAUUCAUCAAAAGUACGCACGCCUACAGGUGCGUUUACCGCCUCUGGAGCCGUCUUGUAGUAAUAAGCCAACGGCGGUAGUGCUUCGGCUGGAUCAUUCUGCAGGUACUGCAACCGUCGAGCAGUUAGCCAUUGAGGCCGGCCACUAUCGCCAUACAUCUCUCAUCCACGGGUGAGCCCAUAACACCAUAUUUCCCUCGGGAACUUUCAACACCUCCAUCCGUGGCCUACAAGGCCGUGCGUUAAGCGUAGCAGCGAUGAAGCAACAUUCCAUCUGUCUGUUGAAAUAAAAAGAAAAUGCUUAAAGUAUGCGUCUUUUCAUUAUUUUCAGCGUUAGAUUUCUAAGUGAGAAGUUAGUAAGGUUGUUGAAAAGAUGAACGGGAAGAGACUUCAAGAAGAGUUGAGGAUAAGAAUAGAUAAAAGAGCGAGAAACAAUGAUUUAUG